AUGGUGGCAUUGUCAAAUAAAAGAGAUACAUCGGCACACCUCGAAGAAAAGGAUGUGGGAACUCAUGCGGGGGCUUGUCAAUGGCAAGGCAGCCAGCCAACGCAACUGGCACCAAUUGACCGUGGAAAGGAUGCUUGGCUGUUUCUUGCGGCCUGCUUUUUCAUGGAGGCUCUGGUUUGGGGAUUUGCUUUCACAUAUGGAGUGUUUCACGCCCACUACAGCUCACUUGAUAUGUUCAAGCACUCUGGGAACAUUGCCGUAAUCGGGACUUGUGCGAUGGGAAUUAUGUACCUUGACCUGCCGAUUGUUUUCGCCCUAUUCAGACGUUGGCCUAAGUACCAGCGGACUGGUUGUGGCAUUGGCGUCCUGAUGAUGUGCCUUGCCAUGGCCCUCAGUUCCUUCGCCACGAAUGUUACGCAUCUGAUUGUUACCCAGGGUGUGUUCUAUGCGCUCGGUGGGAGUAUUGCAUAUUCGCCCUGCAUCCUUCUGAUGGAGGACUGGUUCGAUAAACGUAAAGGUCUUGCUUUCUGUGUCAUGUGGGCGGGGACAGGAUCGGGCGGCGUCAUCCUUCCAUUUGUGAUGGAACGUUUGCUUGAUCGUUUUGGUUUCCGGGUUACCCUCCGAGCAUUUGCAGUUGCCCUCUUUGUCCUAACAGCCCCACUGGUCUACUUCGUCAAACCUCGUGUGCCAGCCUCCCAGCGUCCCGGAUCACCUCCAAUAAGCCUCUAUUUCGUGUUCAGUUCGACCUUUGCUCUGUUCGAGAUAUGCAAUAUUAUUGAAGCCCUGGGUUUCUUUUUACCAUCCAUUUACCUUCCAAGUUAUGCCCGCUUUAUAGGUGCACGAGGGAGCAUGGAAGCGUUAGCAGUUAUCCUUUUGAAUAUCGCAUCUGUGAUUGGGUGUGUAUCGAUGGGGGCUAUUAUUGACACAUGGGACGUUACCACGUGCAUUUUGCUUUCCACGAUUGGAUCAAGUCUAGCGGUAUUCCUCCUCUGGGGAUUCUCUUUGUCGCUGGCGCCCCUUCUCGUUUUCGCCGCUGCUUACGGGCUCUUCGCCGGAUCGUAUACAAGCACCUGGCCAGGGAUCAUGCGCGACAUUGUUGAGAAAAAGGGUUCCACCGAUUCAACCAUGGUUUUUAGCCUGCCUAUCAGCAGGCAGGGGAAUUGGUAA